GAAGGAAGCAGCAAGUAUGACGGUUUCUUUGGAGACUUGCUUCCAUUCAACUCCAGCCUCGCACAGGGCCUUGACUCGUGUGAUCUUCUCUUCCGCUGCCAGACCCUAACCCUAAGUGGUCUCCCGUCGUUCGUUCUCCGUUGAGGUUGUGUUGAGAACAGCCCAGCUGGAAUAACCAAACUCAUAACCAACUUCCAUUCUGGGACAUCUUCAAGCUCAACCUCCAGUGCGCCAGAAUUGGCCCGUUGUUGAUAUUGCUUUUUCAUAACACCGCCCAAUAAUCUCAUCAAGUCAUCACAAAUUUACGCCACCUCUUCAGCGCCUCUAAUCUCCAAACAAAACGCACUUCCGUCAUCCUCACAAUGGCUCGCCCAUCAGACCGGUCGCCCCUCCUCCCCCGUACCAACGGCACCGUCGCGCCGGACCACCCCUCGCCGUCGCGGCUGCGCCCUAAGGCGGUGAACCGCAUGUCGUCGGGCGCGCCCGACCCGGAGCACCCGCACGCCGAGAAGCACAUGGGCCAGUUCGACUCCAUCGUGCGCGACGUCAUCAUCGGCUUCUCCGACGGCCUGACCGUGCCGUUCGCGCUGACCGCCGGCCUGUCAUCGCUCGGCAACACCAAGAUCGUCAUCAUCGGCGGCCUCGCCGAGCUGUGCAGCGGCAUGAUCAGCAUGGGCCUGGGCGCCUACCUGGCCGCCGACACGGAGCGGCAGCACUGGGAAGCCGAGUUCGCGCGCGAGUCCGCCGAGGUCGACACGGUGCCCGAGGUGGAGCGCGCCGAGAUCUUCGACAUCGUGGCCGGGUACGGCGUCAGCCGCGCCGCCGCCGAGCCGCUGGUGCGCGAGCUGACCGCCGACAAGGACACAUGGGUGCGCUUCAUGAUGGACUUUGAGCUGCGCCUGCCCGAGCCCGACUCGGGCCGCGCCUGGGUCUCGGCCGCCACCAUGGGCCUGAGCUACUUCGUCGGCGGCCUGAUCCCCAUGCUGCCCUACUUCUUCAUGCAUUCGGCCCAGCGCGCCCUGCUGGUGUCGGUGCUCAUCACGGUUGUGAUCCUGCUUGGGUUUGGUUUUCUGAAGAACUGGGUUACCAUCCGCACGCGGAAGGCCGGGUUCUGGGGGGCAGUGCAGACGUUGAUUGUGGGUGCGCUGGCCGCGGGGACGAGUUACGGCAUUGUUAGGCUUCUGGAUACAAGUGGGGGCAGUGUGUGAGGUUGGACUAUGCGGGACAAAGGGAAUGGGACUGCGCUCUUGGCCCAGAGGCAUGUACGAUAUUGAUGUUGUAUAGCACAGCCCGAACUGGUUCGUCCCGGUCAUCUGUGACUGGGCGCUGCAUCAACUAGAAGUCUAGAGGUGAUUACGGAAGCAAUACGGGGGAUUUCUUCGGCGUACUGAUUGUCCUGCGUUCACAGGUAAGGUAGGUAUGUUACCUUUGUU